AUGCCGCCGGAAGAUAUUCCAAUCGGUGGCUAUACACACCUCAAUUUCGCCUUCUUAUAUAUUGACCCUGAUCUUUACACCAUAACCCCAAUGGAGACAUCUCAACAGGACCUUUAUAGUCGUGUUACUGCGUUGAAAAAGCGCAAGACUGACUUGAAAGUGUGGAUUUCUAUCGGUGGCUGGGCUUUCAACGACCCUGGCUCAUCUGCUAGCACGUUCUCUAACCUUGCGGCGUCCAAAUCUAAACAAUCCACGUUCUUUGAUUCCUUGUUGAAUUUCUUAGACAAAUACGGAUUUGAUGGCGUGGAUUUAGACUGGGAAUAUCCAGUCGAUUCAGACCGCGGUGGAACAGAUGCCGAUUAUGAUAACUUUCCCACUUUCUUGGCGAAUCUUCGGUCUGCACUUGAUAGUGCAAACAAAGGAUAUGGGUUAACUAUCACCUUGCCUAGUAGCUACUGGUAUCUUCAACAUUUUGAUAUCGUGUCCAUGGCAGACAGUGUCGACUGGUUUAAUAUGAUGACCUACGAUCUUCACGGUGGCUGGGAUGCUGAUAAUCCCUGGAUUGGCUCUGUUGUGAACGCGCACACCAACCUGACGGAAAUCAUCGCGGCAAUGGAUCUUUUGUGGCGAAAUGACAUUAAACCGUCUCAGGUCACUAUGGGUCUGGGAUUCUAUGGGCGAAGCUUCACUAUAAAUGAUACUUCUUGUGUCAGCGCGGGAUGUCCCUUUUCGUCAGUUGGUACUGCGGGAAAGUGUACGAACAAUGCCGGUACACUUUCAUUCUCCGAGAUCGAAGCAAUCUUGAAGGAUGAUACCCGCGGAGCCGUCAAGACCUACGAUGAAGCGUCUGCCGUAGAAAUCGUUACAUAUGAUGAAAACCAAUGGGUCAGCUACGACGACUGGGUAUCAUUCGAGGCUAAGAUGGACUAUGCCAAUUCUCACUGUAUUGGAGGAACAAUGGUCUGGGCUGUCAGCUUGGAUGUUGAUGGGACUGCAACCAAUGGUUUGACUGGGGCAACUAAUGUAUUCCAGGGUACCGAUGGCUCCAAUGGGGGAAGCGAGGAUACCUACAUCGGACCUGAUCUGUGGACCAACGCGACCCAUGAAAUCUCCUGCGAGCCUCCUUGCACUAUUAUUCUACCUCCAUUCCCGCUAGAUACCCCGCAAACUAUUACCUGGCCCGAUUAUACGACUCUCAUCGCAUCAAGCUCAGAUGGAAGCACAUUAACCAAGACUACGACAAUUGCUGUCGCUCCAUUCGUUAUUGAUGAGAUCCCAUUCUGGCCUAUCACUGUGUUAAGUACUGGCACUGAUGCUUAUUUGAGCCCCACGCAGAGCAUUGCUCCCCCUACUUUUGGUUUAACUUUGCCUUCGGAUGAAGCUACCUUCCCUCUCUUCCACACUGAUUACACUUCCAUACUAAACGCCGCAUCAAAGACAACCGCAACUGCAUCAGAUGAUACCUCAUCGUCAACUACUGCAUCUAUCACAACACCUGCCGCUGUUCAGUCUGGUCUUGUAUCUGAUUGUACAGAGUUCUACCAAGCGGUUGCAGAUGAUGGGUGCUCCGCAAUAGCCAGCGCAUACGACAUCACGCUAGCACAGUUUGUUGAAUGGAAUCCGGCCGUCGGAUCAGAUUGCGCUGGGCUUUGGGUUGAUGAAUACUACUGCGUUGCUGUUGAGUCAACCGCUACCACCACCUACGUCGCCGACACCGUGACAUUCCGUAGCAGCUCACAUGCGAUUACAGUAGCCCCAGAGGCUACAAUAACCUCAAUUUCACCCCCGGGGACAAGUAUUCCCAUUCUCACCUAUUCUGAUGGGGAUCCACCCUCAAAUGGCGGGUGUAGUUCCGGCUCUGAUCUAACUGGCUGUGGAGCUGUUGAUUGUUCUCUGUUUGGAUGUGGCGGAGAAUGUGGAUUCUUUGGAUGUGAUGGAGGGUGUGGUAUAGGUUUUUGUGGAGGUGGCUGUGGUCUUCUUGGUUGUGGUCCUGGAUGCGGAGAUGGUUCAUGUCUCCACGAAGGUGGUGGAGGUGGCAACGAAGAAGAGGAAGAGGAAGAGUCCUCAAGCACUGAAUCCUGUAGUGCAACUGCAACACCUACUGUCAGCACUAUUUGUGACUAUGCCUGCGCACAAGAGUCCGAUACAGCCUGUGUAACCCUUUGCACCUCUCUCACCAUGAGCUGUGAGCCUACUGGUUUUGCCGCUUUCUCGCCCGGCAGCGUAGAAUCAGACCCCUGGCCGCUCAGUUUAAUCGAAGACUCCGAUGACGCGAUGGCCUCCGAGGCCAACGCUGCUGCAUCAUGGCUCAAUGUCCAAUAUACAGUCAUGGACCCUGUGAUCAUCAACAGCACAACAGUGACUGAUUCAGCUACGGCACCAAAUGUCGCUAUGACAACGACCGUUACAAAGACCACGGCCACUGCUAUUUCAGCCAGUUCAUGCGCUAUCCAGACGACCAGCUCAUCUUCUUAUUGCUCAUGCGAUGGGGGUUACGGUGUCUCUCUGUCAACGAAGACCAAUGCAGCUAAAUCCACGUUCCUUGUCUGUGGAGUGACCCCGGCUCUGACCGUGUCCACAAUUACGCCGAAGACCACCACUACCAAAACUACGUCCACAAAAACGACCACCGCUUCUGAUAGCGCUUCUACCACCAUAAGCUUUGCUAUUCUGCAGACUUACUGGUCUGCCGAUGAGUGUCCAAUUGGUCUCACAUGUGAGAAAAAUAGCGAGUGGAAUGCAGUGUAUGUCUCUACCAAAGCUGGUGACUUCAUAUAUGUCAAAGGCACGUGGAAUUCGGAUGGCGAAAUUGAUGGAGCGAAAGCAACAUUUUGCGGCCAAACUUCAACUUUCACAAAGGACGGUGACGAGAUUAAGGCAACAAGUGAUGACAGUAAGUAUGGCUCAUAUGUUUGCAAGGAGAGAGAGGGGACGUUGGCUGGCUCGAAUGGCUCUUUCAGUAGUUCGGCUCAAUACGAGGUAACACAGGAGUGGAUAUGUCUGUCAGAUAGUAUGUGUCUGUGA